AUGGCCGCCAUUCUUGAAAUGUUGCUGAAAGAGCAGACUCCACCAAGUUUGUUGAUCCCCUGGCUGUGUAAAAACACAAAAGACAAUGAAACUCCUCAUGACUUUGUCCAGUAUGCCAAAUUGAGGACUGAAUUUGUUCCUUUCUUCCUGAACUAUCUGCGUGAUCAGAGUCUUCCAUUACUUCAAAGCAGCAGAUCAUUAAAUCCAUCCCCUGCAAAGACACCUACAAAUUUAAAAUUAAAAAAGAAAUGUGAUAUUUUGAAGCAUGGAACAAGUGGAUCUAAGAAGGCUGGAGGAAACCGAGUUCAGCUCUUCUCUGCAAGUCCGCUGGAGAAUAAACCUGGUCGCCCUGAUGUGUUCAGUUUGGCAUCACCCAAUUCUUCUCUUGAUUCGCCAAGUCUUUUAGAAUGGUCCAACAAAAAGGGGACAGCUGGUCCCCGGAAAGGUGCUUUUAACCGAACAAGUCCCCAACAUGAUUGGGCACAAAAAGGACAGCAGAAACAAUCACCCAAUUACGUGACUCCUGAUCACCAGCGCUUUAAAUAUAGGCAGACUCUGGGCGACUUUCUCGCCACUCCAGAUGGCAGCGAUUAUAAGAAAAAGAAAAGUCCUCAUUGGAAUAAGACAGAGACGAAUGAUGGGUCACCUAAUCCAUCUCCAAGGAUGCAGAGAAGAUCAGGUAGUAAAGGCAAGAAAAAUGGUGCGGGUAGCAGUGAAAGUGCCACAAGAGUUAUGAAAGUAACCCCUGUCGCAAGUCCACCCAUCUUCAGUCUCAAUAACUUAGACGAUUUUCCUCCAGUGAGCUUGGGGCCUGUGACAGACACUCAAAAAUCUACAGACACAAGUUCAAAUCCUAUCAUAACCCCAUCCAGACGGAUCACACCAACUCCUAUAAAACAAAACCCAACACCAAAUACAAAUACUGGAGGAAGGAGGAUCUCACUCACCACAAUAGAAACCAGGCCUGUUGAGAAGACAUCUGAUAUUAACCCUGCAUUUAGAAACCCGCAGGUUAAGACGGUCAACUUUGAUGAGGAGAGAGAAAUAAUAAGAAAAGAAAUCAUAGCUAAGCGAAAUGAGGCGGUAUCAGAUGGCGGAGACUCAUCUCAAUCCUCAGGGAGAAACAGUCCAAAUCUUUCAACGAUCACACCAACGAAGGCCAGACUCCAACGACUUUGUAGUUUCACUGAUACUGUGAUUGCAGAUCGGAGUGCGGUGACUUAUGAAGAUAAACUGGAUGUCCUGAUCCGAAUUUAUUCCGGGAUUUUAAAUGAGCCACUGGUGUCCAACAUCACUGUUGAGUUAUACUUCCUAGUACAGUUGCUGACAGUGCGUGGAUGCCCAGAAGAGGAACAGGCCACCACACAGGAUGCUUGUGCAGAUGAAGAUGAGCUUGUUUACUUCAACACCGUCCAUAACACUGUUUUCUUUGCUACAAGCGUCCUGGAGAGACAGAAGCAGUUCCUAUCCUUACUGGACCGUUCAACGUUACGGUUGCUAGUGGACAAUCCUAGAAUCAGCCAGUUUACUCCUUCUCUCAGAGAUGUCCUUGCGGUGGCCUAUGAAAGUAUGUCCGUAAAGGCGUUUCCAUCUCAACCAACAGCCAUAUGCAAUCGGAUCUCCUUCCAAGCUGACACAGACAACAAGGGAAACUUCCCCACUGAUAAAUCAUUUUAUCUCUUCAAGAAGCAGAGGGACAUGUUCUAUGAAUUACUGCGUGAAUGGGAAGACAAUCAUCUCAACCCUGAUUGGUCGAUGCAGGAACAAAUGACGGGGAGAAUACAAGCACUGGUCAACUGCGGCUCGGAACUUACAAAUCACAUCCAUUUUGCUCGGCUUUUUCAGUCCCAACUUAUUGAGAUGUGCAAGGGUGAUGGUAGUCUGCGAUUGGAAGGUGGUGAAGACAGCGUUGCUCUCCUGGCAAAACUGAAACAGUCAAAUCCAGAAAAAUUUAAGAGGUUGCAGGAGCGCUUCAUCACCCCAAACAGCAUGAAUGGACCAUCUCCUCCACCCUCAUUUCAAGGCUGUCAGAAGUUCUUCCGCACGUUCAUCAUGGCCUCCUGUAACUUCACCUUCAACAAACAUCUCAGUGAGAGUAUCUAUUGCAAAAUCUGUGAGUUGAACAAUGUCCAGCUGCCUCUUCCUGAGGCUGAUGCUCAAGAUGGUAUCGUGGAUCAGGAGAGCAAGGAUGUGUUUGUGACAACUGUCCUCACUUUGCGUCUGCUGGGCAAGUUCCUUGGCUUCAUCAUAUUCCUCCCGUACCAAACCCCAGAGAAGCUUCCAGAGGCCAUUGUUUCAUCUGUGAUAGAAACCAGAAAUCUUACGCAGAGCUUUCAGGUUGACCUGCUGUCAUUUCUGCGAUGCUGCGUCCGGGAUGGACGUAUCUCGUUCACUCUCCCAUGGGUUGUGGAAUACCUCAGCAUGUCAGAUCCUAUAGCCAUAUCUCUUGACUCCAUCAAGGCAGUCAUGGUGCUGCUUAUUCAGAUAUACAAGACGUGCAAGAGAGAGUUCCAUCGGAAGAGUGGUAAUAUAGCGAUGUUGCUGGUCAUAGUCUUACUUGGAUGGCUGUUCGAAAUCCCUGCUUUCCCUGAUGGUCUCUUCUUCACCUAUGAUGAACUAGAUGAUUUGGAGAUGGCAACUGGUGAUUCAAGCUUAGCACUUGAUAAUCUAGACUUUGUGGAUCAUCAACUUCUCUACACAUGCUGCCCAUACUUAGGAGAAGUUCGUUCAUUGCUAGUGGAGUUUGCUGUCGGCCUGAGCAGUCGCACCAAUCAGAUCAGGAAGAUCACUCCAGUGUCGGCAGAUUCAGAAGUUCAAACAUCUGUGUCCGAGAAGCAAAUGCAGGAUCAACUUGAGGAGAAUUUCUUCCACAAUCACCCGGCUUCCAUGAAGAAAUGUGUCGAGUUCGUGGCAGAUCGCGUCGCCAGUAACUACAUCAAGAGAUUCCGAGCGAAGGUUCUUCCAGAGUACCUGGGAACGGGGACUGAAAAUAUCUCGUUGCUCGUUGGAGAUCUGGUGUUGGGAAAGUAUGACCAGAAGACAAAGGAACGACUCGGUGUAAAGCUGCUUGACCUCUGUGAAACUUUGGCUGACAAGGCAAGAGUGAAUGGCAUCAACAGUGCACCAGAAUAUUGUGAAGAGCAUGUUGCUACCAUCCUCCCCCAGAUGCUGCCAGAGGAUAUCUCGGAGGGUGUCCUGAAGAUGGCUGCUCAGAUCUCGCAGCGUUUGGCUAUCGAGAGAGUACAACAAUGGAUGAAUACUCUUAUUACCACCAACAUGGUCAACAAGGAGUUAUCACCAGAACUCGACAAGCAGAUCAAAAAUAGAACUUUUGUGAAGGUGUUCCAGGAGGCCAAGCUUGGAGUCAGGGAUGCGGAGAAAGACCACGCGACUACAGACAUCCUGGUCCACAAUCCAGAUCAGAUACCGCCCUCAGAUGCACUGACACAUUUGAAGGACCUAACCCUGGAUAUCUUGUUGUUCAAGCAUGAACCAACCAAGGAGGACUGUGUCAAGGUGCUGGACGACAUCUAUGCUUCCCUCACAACAAGACAGGAUGUCAUCUUAGCAAUGCAGCGUUCAUUUGGGCUCCUGACCAAGGACCUCGCUUGUAAUAUGGCUUCAUCAUGCCCUCAUAACCUGACUGCUGACGUGAUCGAGAGGCUGGUGAAGAUCUGGAGAGGACCAUUAUAUGACUACAUCCAGCCUCACGCAUUCCUGUGUUACAAACAUGUUUAUGCUCUUGAUGGUGCUAGUAAUUACAUGGAGUGCUGGGAUGCCUAUGGCAGACUGAUCAAAGCUGUCGUGGAAGCACAAUUAGUCAGUCCCCAAUGUCUUGGCAAGUGUGUCUUGACCAUCAUACAAGAACCAUUGGAACUUGAUACUCUGGAGCGUCUUUCUGAGCUAGUUUGUGAUGUCGUCCAAACCCUGGGCAAAGCCGUCAUGCCAGAGGAGCUCAUCCAGGGGGUGGAAUGGUUGUUACAGCUGUGUGGUGAGGCAUCCACCAUCACCAGCCCGUUGUCUGAGAUGAUGGAAAAAAUGAAAUUAGCGAGGAACGAAAACUGUCAUGAGAACAAGAAGGAAGAACAUUCAAUCACUGAAAUUGUGGGAAGUGUGAGAGUGACUUGAGUAGGCCAUAUCAAUCUUAUAAAAUGAUCUAGAUGUAUCUAGAUGUAUUACUUUAAAAGUGGUUUUGAGCCUUGGGUGACAUAAGACUGGCAAAUGUUUUCAUAUUACCAAAAAUACAAGGCUCUAUGCUUUUUUGAUAUCAUCCAAUGAUGUGUUCACACAUUUAUAAGAUCUGUGAAAAGACUGAUCGGUUGUGAGAAUAUUUUUGUGUAUUUAUUGAAUACGCCACUGAGUAUUGAUAAUGUGAGUACAUGUGUACCUUUUCCUUUGUGUCGCGUGCACAAGUUGUUAUUUUGUAUACUGGUAUCCUUGUUUCUCUUGAGUGAUUAUACAUGUAAUUGAUAACAUGCGUAACAUGCUGCCAUUUCCUCUUCACUGCCAAGAAACUCCAUGAAUAGUGUAAUCAGAGUUCUUAGAAAAGCAAUACAUCUUGAUCUGUCAGAGGGGUUCUCUUAUGUAGACCAGUAGUCUUUGACCAAGACAGUUAUCUCCUUUUUUCUGAUUCAUAUUACCUAAUAGUAGAUGAAUGCUCCUAUCCAGCCAUGGCUGAUAAAUUGAGACAUGGGGCCCUCUCAAGAUUGUCAGUUGGUGGGUUGGUCUCAUGCGCUCAUUCACUCUUUACUGAUUUCAUCAUGUACAACAUUAAACUAUAUUGUUAUUGUGCAUCAAUAUUAUAAUCUUUUUGCUAAUA